GAAACGUAAACUUUUGUUAGGAUUGUGGAGGACGGCAAAUGGUCAUAAAGAACAGGCUAUCAUGUUGAAGUUUUUGUCGAAUAACUUUGACGAACCAAGAUGGAAAACCGCAGCUUUAAAGAAUGCGUACGUGCUAUUAGGAAAACAAAGAUACGAGUAUGCGGCAGCCUUCUUUCUUUUGGGAGACAGAUUAAAAGAUGCUGUGAAUGUUUGCUUGAAACAUUUGGACGAUUUCCAGUUGGCAAUCGCGAUAUGCCGAGUCUAUGAAGGCGAUGAAGGGCCUGUUUUGAAGAGUGUAUUCGAGGAGUACGUUAUCCCUCUGGCUAUUAAGACAGGAGAUCGUUGGUUAGCUAGCUUGGCCUUUUGGUUUUUGAAUCAAAGGGAUCGCGCCGUCAAAGCUAUAAUG